AUGUCUACGAUAAUAUCAACAAAUGAAACUGAUUUUGUUAUUGCUAAUGAUGAAAUUAAAGGUCGACAGAUAAUAUCCAAACGAAUUUAUCAAUGUGAUGAAUUAAUAUUUCAAGAACAACCACUUGUUUUAGCUCAAUUUGAAUGGAAUAAACUAUACAAAUAUUCUGCAUGUGAAUAUUGUUUAUAUCCAUUAGAAUCUUGUGAACAAAAUGUUCGUCGUCUUUGUCAAGAUUCAUCUAUUAUAAUUCCACAUUCCGAAUGUGAUCCUAAUAGAAAUAUUGAUCAACAAAUUGUCCGAUGUCCAAAAUGCAAUGAAAUGUAUUGUUCAACAAUAUGUUAUCAACAAGCAAUGAAUAAUUAUCAUUUAACAUUAUGUCAAUCAAAUGAAAAUACUAAUAAAAAUCAAUUAAUUCGACAUAUUAUUGAUUUAUGGAGAACUGUUCAUCCACCACCUGAAACAACAUCAAUUUCACUUGUACUUAAAAUUAUGGCUAUGCUUAAACAAAAUAAUAAUCGUUUAUUACUUCUACAAGAACUUCAAAAAUUUUCACAAGGUGUUCAAAGUGAAAAUCAACAAUUUUAUCAUAAAUUAUUACGAAAAGAAUUUGAAGUUAGUUUUACUAUAUUUUAUUUAAAUUCUUUUUGUUGUGUACUCAAAAAGUGAGUACACUCUAGAAUCGGUCAGUAUGGUCGUCCGGCCGUAUACACGAUAACUUUCGAAAGGAGAGUCAGAUCAUGAUGAAA